AUGCCUCCCGGACCAUUUCCCUAUCCUUUCUUUGGAAACAUUCCUCAAAUCAUCUCUGCAGAUUCUGUCCGACCAUUUGAUAAAAUUGCUGAAAAAUAUGGAGAUAUUUUCACAGUUAUGCUUCCAUAUGGCAACGCUGUUAUUUUGAAUACAGCAACCCUAGUACGUGAAGCAAGGCUUGCCCCAGGGAAACAAGAGGAUCUUAUGGGUAGAUCACCUGAUCAGUUUUAUCCUCUAGAGGAGUUAAUGUGUUAUCAAUUAGGUUUUUCUGAUUACUCACCCUCAUAUAUUUAUCAGAGGAGAGUUUUUGUAUCAGCAAUGCAUAUUUUUGGCGCUGGGAUAGAGCAAGCCUCGGUCCGUGCUAGUCACGCUGUUGAAAUCAUGAUGAAAGAAAUCGAAAAUGAACCAGGGAGACUCUUUUCACCUAAGAAUCUCCUCGAAUCUUCGGUAGUCGUACAAAUUUGGGAAUGGCUUACAUCGAAGAGCCUGGCGGUGGACGACCCAAUUGUGAAUGAAAUCAACGAAUUCACCUCGAUUUUCAGCAGACAAGCAGUACUUGGUACAAUGUAUCAGUUAUUGCCGUUCCUAUGUUACUUACCAACGUACUAUACCCGGGAAAUAAAGCGAGCUCAUGUGAUUAGAGAAAAUAUUUUCCCACGGGAAUAUCGUUACGUCCAGGAGAGCUAUAUUCCAGGCAUCAUACGAAAUCUCACAGAUAGCUUUAUCAGUGCUUAUGAAAAAGAGCUUGCCAAAGAGACUAGGAAAGACAUUGGCUCGAAAGAAGCUGGUAUUCAAGGCUUGAUGUUGGGUACGCUUAUCGGGUCGGGAACUUCCUCCAUAUGGCUAACUUGGUUUUUUCUAUAUAUGGUCUUAUUUCCCAAAGUCCAGAGCAAAAUACACGAUGAAUUGGACGAAGUCGUAGGACGUGAUCGUCUUCCCAACAAGAAAGACGCGGAAAACUUGCCAUACCUUCAAGCUACCUUAUGUGAAGUCGGAAGGAUAUCAUCUAUUACGGCGCUCACAGGAACAAACGCGAUUCGUGACACAACCAUCGCUGGCUUUCCCGUUCCAAAAGGAACAUUUGUUGUCCUGAAUCUUUCCAAGGUGCAUAAAGAUGAACGAGAAUGGCCAGAACCGGAGAAAUUCAAACCUGAACGAUUUCUGGAUCACGGUGGCAAGUUCGUCGGCUGGAAUAAACUGCAUGGAUUCAUACAGUUUGGCGUUGGUCGUAGAGAAUGCCCUGGUCAACUAUUGGGGAAAAUAAUGUUGUUUUCAUUUGCUUCAAUUAUUUUGCAUCGUUACAAGAUUGAGUUGCCUGAAGGAGCAGAGAUGCCAACUACUAAAGUAUCCUCCCAGCACUUCAUCUCUAAACCAAAUGAUUUUCUAGUUGUUGCAAAGCCGCGAGAGUUGAAAUCACAAAACUGA